GAAUUUAGCGCCUUUUUCUACUGACAUAAUUGGUUUCCCAGACUAUAUAUUAUAUAAGAUAUCUUUUCCACCUAUAGAGAUCUCAUACUGAACAACUAUAAUCUAUCUCGAAAACGCAUAAAAUGGCGAUUUCAUAUCUCUUUGGCUGAUCGCAUAUCCGUGUUUUCUAGGGGACAGCCAUUUUGGAGUAAUACAAGUUGUUAGUACUAGCACUAGUGUACGGACUGGCUUACAAAGUAGGGCUGAAAAACUUAUGUUGGUUAUUUAAUCAUGAAAUACAAGCGCUAGGCCGAAUUUUUAAGGUAGAAAAAUUAAAACCAUUAUGUUAAUCACAAGCUACGAGUAUAAACAAGCAAUUUACCUAAUUAGCUGUUGUUAUACGAAAAUCAUCAGUCAUAUCAAAACAAUACGAAAGUCUUGGCGUAUAUCAAAUCGAGGUCAGGAAAACUCAGUAACAGAAUCGCCCAUGCAUUUUAGAUAUUUGCAGUUCGUACUUGAAUUGGACGACCUUCGCGAAGGAAACUCGUGAAGUUCGCCACUCGCGAGAUGAAUUAGGCUGCGAUCAGUCGCUGGUGCUCAAUUUUUUUUCUGUGAUGGAGGCUCGACUUUUUUUAGUGGUGAUUUGGAUGAGUGCGUGUGUAGCUUAUGAGUAUAGCUCAGGGACCCCGGCUGGAUACAUGAGUGAUUGCCCAGGCAUGAAUGCAUCAACAGAGUUCACAGACAAAACUCGGCGCUCCCUCAAAGCCGUGGUCAUGAUGCCAUCAGCUGGCUAUGUCAGGAGUAGGGAGACUAGCUGCCGGCUCAGCGUGGCUGGCGCGGCCUGUGCAGCUCGCUGGCUGGACUUAAAGAGGCGGAGAACACAGGUCCUCAUAGCCGGGUACUUGGACGCGUCGUUCUCUCCCGUAGUGCGGUCGGUGGCUGGUGCUUAUCUGAACCUGGGCCGCAACGUCAUCCUGGUUGAGGUCUUCCCGCUGCUCAUCCGGACUUAUCCAAUGGCAGCGCGCAUCACACGGCCGUUAGGCAGACUACUCGGCGAGUUCUUGGCGGAGCUGACCCGACGAGGUCUACCACCGAGCCGACUGGAGAUCUCAGGCGGUAGUCUGGGAGCCCAUAUCGCUUACUACGCCUCUGUCAAGUAUAGGGAACUGACGGGAAGGAAGCCUGCAAGGCUCACGGGGUUAGACCCGGCGGGCCCUUGUUUCCGCAACCUGCCGCCCUGGGAGCGCUUCAACGCGGGCGGUGCGGAGCGCGUGGACGCUCUGCACACGAAUAUAGACGGUUUCGGCAUCGCUCACCCGAUGGGACACGUGGAUUUUUAUGCUAAUGGCGGUGAAUUCCAACCAUCAAUGGUAGGAGACUUCAUCAUGCCAUGCUUCCUACUCUGCAGCCACCUCCGCUCCGCCUUCUACUGGCUUCUAGCAUACGACAACCCUGACAAAUUCAUAGCAGUGCGUUGCGAUACUAUGGAACAAGCCCGCAGGGGAGACUGCUAUGAUAAACCUGUAGUCUUCAACUUCUUAGGGCCUAAGACUAACCACAGCAAGCCAGGGAUAUACUACCUGCCUACGUCUGAAAGAACACCGUAUUAUUUGGGGGAAGAGGGGUUGAAGAAGCGGAGAUAUGGACAUAAUGAUUACUUGUUAAAGACGUCAGUAGAGCCGGAGGGGGAUGUGAUGGUGUGACAAAUAAAGAUUUUGAGAUUU